UACGACCAAUAAUAACGAUGGAACAAACUUGUAUUGUCUUUAUUGUUUACAUUCUGGCAAUAACAGCGACACUGACUUUAGGCCAAAGCAGUGAAAAUAUAUGGGACCAGGUUCGAACAAGAGAAAAUCCAUGUCGCGAUACAACAUGUGGGGAGAAACAGGAUGUGUGUGAAUGCUACCUGACAGUUGAACACCGGCUCACCAUGAUGAUAGAAGAAGAAGGAACUCUAGUGGUGCCUAAAGGAGGUCAGCUUUAUGAGUAUGACAAACCAGGGAGUCCUAUAAUAAAAUCUGAACAGAUACCUUAUAUCUUGACGGCGGAUGCUAACAACUCGCGAUUGGUAAUUGCCGUAAAUCGGCGAUUCCCUGGUCCACAGAUCACGGCGUACGAGGACCAGACUUUGAUUAUCCACGUCCGUAACCUGAUGGACACAGAUAGUACUACGGUACACUGGCAUGGUAUGCAUCAACAAGGAUCCACGUAUGCAGACGGCGUUGCUAUGGUGUCUCAAUGUCCCAUAGGGCAUGGUCAGGAAUUUACCUACAAAUUAAAGGCCAAUCCGCACGGCACCAACUUCUACCACGCCCAUAUUGGUGAUCAGAGGACUAUGGGGUUGUAUGGAGCUCUCGUUGUGUACCCUAAACAGGAUUUCCCAUCAGCAACAAAACAGGAACAUGUUGUCACUUUGCAGGACUGGAACCACGACGAUGAUGCAUCAACGUUAUAUCAACGUAUGUUAUAUGGAAUAUACGACCAGGCGAGAAAAACACCAUACAAGACAACGUCCUCCCGGGACGGUGCUAUGUACAGCAGGUACAGGUUCCAUUCCGGACUGGUGAACGAUAAAGGACGUUACUACACGUCAUCUAAUGUACAUAACCAGGCUCCUCUGACUGAAUUCGAUGUGGCCCCAAACAGGAACUACACGUUCCGAGUCAUCAGUGGAAGGGCAUCCGACAAUAACUGUCGUUGCUUCUGAUGGAUUUGCUUUGAA